GGGGGGGAUAAGAACAUUUUUUUUCUUCUUCUUUUGUCGCCGUAUUUGGUCAAGAGUGUAGCGCCUGUUACCUCAGGAGGGAUCCGAUCAUGUCGGGCCAGUCGAUCACGGACCGGAUCACCGCGGCCCAGCACAGCGUUACCGGCUCGGCCAUCACCAAAGCGGCGUGUAAGGCCACCACACACGAGGUGAUGGGCCCCAAGAAGAAGCAUCUUGACUAUUUGAUCCAGUGUACCAAUGAGAUGAAUGUGAACAUACCGCAGAUGGCAGAUACGUUAUUUGAGAGAGCAACCAACAGCAGCUGGGUUGUGGUGUUUAAGGCAUUAAUCACAACGCAUCAUUUGAUGAUGUAUGGGAAUGAGCGGUUUAUCCAGUAUUUGGCUUCAAGAAACACAUUGUUCAACUUGAAUAACUUUUUGGAUAAAGGUGCCAUGCAAGGAUAUGAUAUGUCGACUUUCAUCAGACGGUAUAGCAGAUACCUUAAUGAAAAGGCACUUUCCUACAGACUAAUGGCGGUUGACUUCACUAAAAUGAAGAGAGGGACGGAUGGAGUAAUGAGAACUAUGAAUACUGAGAAGUUGCUGAAGACGCUGCCUCUAAUACAGAAUCAGCUUGAUGCACUCUUAGAUUUUGAUGCAAAUCCUAAUGAACUAACUAACGGAGUAAUAAAUGCUGCCUUCAUGCUACUGUUCAAAGAUUCCAUCAGGCUUUUUGCUGCCUACAAUGAAGGGAUCAUCAACUUACUGGAGAAAUACUUCGAUAUGAAGAAAAAUCAGUGCAAGGAAGCCCUGGACAUAUACAAGAAGUUUUUGGCCAGAAUGACAAAGUUGUCUGAAUUCCUCAAAACUGCAGAGCAAGUUGGAAUUGAUCAGGGUGACAUUCCAGAUCUAUCUCAGGCAAAUGAUGCUAUUCCACGUGGACUUCUGAUACAGGAGCAGCGGCAUAAAGAGAUACCAAUGCAACCCCAGUCAGCAACUGCAUCUACCACCGUGUCUCCGAGCUCCACGUCAGGGAAGAGUAUCAACACGUCGACAGCAGUUGAUCUAUUCGCAGUAGCCACACCAGUAUCAAGUACUAACAGUGCACCCAGUCUUUCCAAUGAUAUCUUCAAUAUGCAGUCAGCUUUUGUGCCAACAGUGCAGAGUACCCCAGCAAUAUCAACCUCAGCCAAUGCAUGGGGGGAUGUAUUUAACUCCUUUGCUGAACCAAGUCCUGCUACAUCUACAAAAAUUGAACAUUUUCCUGAGGCAGACAUGUUUGAUGCAGAUUCUUUCACCUCAAAAGGACCAGCUCCUGUUCCUGAAGUUAUUCCUAACCAUGAUCCUUUUCUUGGAUUUGCUCCUCAAGCUGUCCCUCAGAUGAUUGCUCCAACAGCAAUGAAUGUGGACUUUGACUCAGUGUUUGGAGCUAAGUUGGGUGCCAAUGAUGCCCAGAAUGCAAGUGGUGAAAUGUUGAUGCCAACUCUCCUCGCCAAAAAUCAGACAACUCCAGCAGUGAACCAGCAGAAUAACAAGCUAUUAGCAACUGACCUGGAUUCAUCCCUUGCCAACCUUGUGGGCAAUUUGAAUUUUGGAGGAACCCCAAUGAAAAAAAUGGAUCAACAGUGGAUCCAGAGUGGGGAGAGGAAAUUGACAGGAGGAUCAAAUUGGCAACCAAAGACCGCUGCAUCAACCUCCUGGAGUGCCACACCAAUGAAUGUUCCUCCAAUGGUGCCGCCGCCAAUAUCUUUCCCAGUGUCAACACCUCAAGUGCCUGUAUAUGGAAUGGUACCUGGAAUGGGGACAGUGCCUGUGGUAGCACAGCAGCCAAUGAUGUAUCCUCAGACUGUAAUGAGGGCAACUAAUCCAUUUGCACCAGUUAAUGGAGCUCAGUUGCAGUUCAUGUAGAGACAGCAAUGAUAUAUCAACACACAGUACAGUAAGCACCAAAUAUCUGGAUGAAGGCAGAUGAAAACAGGCCAAGACUUGGGGCUUAAUCAUCAUUUUAAAAAUCUCAUUGAACUUGCAUUACCUUACUGCUUCCUAAUCUCUAACUUUUUAAUGAAGAAAUGCUGAAUGGAAAACAAUCCAAUCUGUAUUGAAUGAUUAUUAUCUGAGUGAGCAGGCUUGAAAUGAUGUUUAUAUUUAUUGACCUGUUCAGUGCGGUUUCUUUUCUCUGCUGAACGAAAUUGAAACAACUGUUCUAACCGCAAGAACAUGAAAGCUACCAGUAAUAUUAACAAGUAAAUGGAAACCUGAAAAGGAAUCAUCGGAUUCAGACACAUUCAAAAACAUUUCUUAGAUCCUGUCAGGCUGCUUGGGUUGGUUUAUUAACCUACAACCAGAUAAGUAUUUCAAUGCACAACAUUGAAAAUUAAAGUUUCUAUUGACAGUUGUUUACUUCCUUGUUCCUUUUGAUCAGCUUGGGAGGAUUUCAUCCUUUUAUGACUGGGUGCAUUGUAAUACAUGAUUUUGUUUUUGUCAGGCAACUGUUACUGGGAAUAUCAUUGUGCUUUGCUGUGCAUAAAAUGAGUAUUAAUUUUACAGUAUGUUUGAAAAGAAAGUAUAAUACAUAUAUCUGUGUGGUGUUUAUUCUGGAUAACUUCAAAUCAUGAAAUUAGCAUUUUUUUAUAAAGUUAUCACUAACCUUUCUCAAUAUUAAAGUUAAGACUAGAAAUUGAACAUUAUCAAAUUAUUGCAAGCUAGGUGAAGAAAGGCAAUGUGUAGCAUCCAACUUCUACUGGAUGGAUCUCAGGUAUGGUUUAAUUAGAGCUGGCCUAUUCUGAAUGCAUCUGAAAUUGAAUUUGCCAUCAGCAGGAAGUUCUGAUGGGUUAGCGGGAACUAGCUUUGGUUGUCUACCGAACAAAUUGCUGCAUACAGUCAUGCUUGUGCCACUUGGAACAUCCAUUGAAAGCACCAAAACAGCAUCAACAACCAAGUCACUUAUCAGUUUCUUAAUAUGUGUACAUUUCCUCCAAGUUCUUGUACUUAUAACAUUUUAAAAGGUUAACAUUAGAACUAUUUAGCCAAGGAUUCUCUGAAAAUGGAUGCCCUUAUUUGUACACCCCGUUGAGUACACCAAAGGUGCUCGUGACAGGCGAACGUGAUUUUCUAUUGAUGUCACCUGUUGAAUCACUUAUGAAAUUUAACGUGAUUCCUAUCCUCAUACUUCCCCUUCCCUCUCCCAACUCCAGAUUAUGUUUGGGGCAACAUUACACUGUUAACUAGCUCUAUGUACAAAUAACUUUUACCGUAAGUUUGAUUUUUAAGAAUACAUUGCAAACCAAAUACAUUUUUAUAAAGACAGCUCGGCACUUGAAUUACAGAAAUAUUGACUGGCAAGGAUUGAUUAACCAAAAGCAGGCUAAACAAACACGUGUAGCAUUAAUUUUGUAUCAAACUGUAAUAUUAAAGGUUAUGAUUAUAGGAAGGCUGAACAAACAAAAAUUACAGGCAUUACGUGGGAUUGAGUACUAUAUCAGUGUAGUGUUUAUAUGAUUUACAAAGCUCCAGGGAUAUACUUAAUCUCAAUUUUUAUCAUACUCUUCUACCCAUUUAGAUUUGGUUCUGAUUCCAUGAACCGAGGGAUUUCAGAAAGACCAAUGGGUACCCUAUUCUUCAUUGCCCUAAGUGUUAGGAUCACCUAUUUCAGUCAGCUACUUUAAUAGGCAGGCAAUGAAUAAACUUAGGAACAUUUUCUUCUCCCACCCCACACAUCCCAGAAUAGAAACAAUUAUGGAUGAACACCUACCAACCUCGAGCAAGUUAGAAGGUAUACAUGGAUGAAACAUUUUCUCUAAAUUGAAAAUGUAGAUUAUUCCAAUCCCCACCAUAUUGCACUACUUGGUGUUUUUCAUCUACAAUGGAAAAUCCUUUCUGAUGCUUGUUAAUGUAAGUUGAAUUAUGAAUGUUUUACAAAUUUGUGCCAACAUAACAUUAUCCAUUUGUAGCUAGAGAAUCUUUACAAUUUCUAAAUAAGAACUUACUUGAGUAAGGGAACUUUGAUAUACAUAUCUUUCUCUGAACUUAUAAUUGUAACAAAAUAAUGCUUGAUCAAAUUUAUGUGAUCAGUUUAAAUUUAAUAAUGUUUUGACAGAUCAGGAAAAUCUACAUUUCAUUGUUGCUAUUUUAAUUGCCGUUUCACGCCAGUUUCUCCACCUAAAUUUUAAUAUCUUAAAAAUUGCAGGUACUGAAGUCUGUGCAGUGUAAGGGUUAAUUAAAUAUGAUUGUGGCUAGUGAAUGUUGUUUGAAUUUUCAAAUUUAAUGUUCAUUCCCUACUCCAGAAUGUUUUUUCUUUCUAUCCUGCUCAGAGUAGGGCUUUAUCAUUUUAUUUUUUGAAUUGGGGAAAUAAGAGGGGUCAGAAAACGAUGUACAUUUGGCUUUUGGCACAAAGAAUAAGACUUAUCUGGAUUUUCAUCUGUGUACAAAAUACAAAGAACAUUUCCAAUUAGUUCUUUUUAAGGAAGGUGAUAGCUAGCUCCAAAGUUUAAAGUAAAAUCCACGCCAUUCAUGAAGGACCAGUCAGUUAUUUCACGAUUUGGACAAUAGCCUGAUUUUUACAUGUGUGCAAAUUUGUAUAAUGCCCUGGAUUGCAAAGGGACUCAUUGUUUAUAUAACAUCUUAGCUGAUUUACAAAUGCAGGGAAGACUUUUUUUUAAAUUAUGAUAUUCUUCAUCAAAUGUAUUUGAAUAAUUCAAGGAGAUGGCAUCAUGUUGAGAACGAGAUCUAUUGAAAUGCACCUAAUUUUAUGUUGCUUUCAGCUCUCAAAUGUUGAAAAGAUUAUUCUCAUAAAGAAUCAUACAGUUGCCUCACAUUAAUGUAGAUUAUGGUCACCAUCUUUGUUAUUGUUAAUAAGAGGACUCUUGGAGCUUGCUUCACUUUUUUUGCACUGACUCAUCUGUAUUAGGAGAGGGGUUGUUGGAAAGAAAGUCCUGCUGAAGAGAUGCAGGAGAGAGAGAAAAGCAAAUAGGCAAGAAAGCCUUAUGAGACAUUUACAGUGCCCUCCAUAAUGUUUGGGACAAAGACCCACCAUUUACUUAUUUGCUCUGUACUCCACAAUUUGUAAUAGAAAAAAAUCACAUGUGUUUGAAGUGCACAUUGUCAGGUUUUAAUAAAGGUCUUGUUUAUACAUUUUGGUUUCACCAUCUAGAAAUUACAGCAGUGUUUAUACAUAAUUCCCCCCCCCCCCUUUCAGGACACCAUAAUGUUUGAGACGCAGCAAUGUCAUGUACAUGAAAGUAGUCACGUUUAGCAUUUUGUUGCAUAUCCCUUGAAUGCAAUGACUGCUUGAACUCUGCGAUUCAUGGACAUCACCAGUUGCUGGGUGUCUUCUCUUGUGAUACUCUGCCAGGCCUGUAUUGCAGCCAUCUUUAGCUUAUGCUCGUUUUAGGGGCUAGUCCCCUUCAGUUUUUGCUUAAGCAUAUAAAAGGCAUGCUCAAUUGGGUUCUGAUCGGGUGAUUGACUUGGCCACUCAAGAAUUAACUGUUUUUUAGCUUUCUUCGUCUUGCGGAUGGCGUGCACAGCCUAAAGUUGUUGGACAACUUGUUCUAUUUGAUCUUAUUUGAUUGUGCACACCAGGUUGAUUGCACUCGUCGAAACAGGGCGGACCCCGUGAAGGUUGCAAUCUCCCACCCCAUUUUUUAGCUUUGAAAAACUCCUUUGUUGCUUUCGCAGUAUGUUUGGGAUCAUUGUCUUGCUGUAGAAUGAACCACCGGCCAAUGAGUUUUGAGGCAUUUGUUUGAACUUCAGGAGAUGGGACGUGUCUAUGCACUUCAGAAUUCAUUAUGCUACUCUCAUCAGCAGUUGUAUCAUCAAAGAAGAUAAGUGAGCCAGUACCUUCAGCAGCCGUACAUGCCCAGGCCAUAACGCCCGCACCAGAUUCAGAUUCAGAUUCAAUUUAAUUGUCAUUGUCAGUGUACAGUACAGAGACAACGAAAUGCACCGAAAAUACCACCGUGAUUCACAGAUGAGGUGGUAUGCUUUAGAUCUUAGGCAGUUCAUUCUCUCCUCCAUACUUUGCACUUUCCAUCACUCUGAUAUAAGUUAAUCGUCGUAUCAUCUGUCCACAAGACCUUCUUCCAGAAAUGUGGUUGCUCUUUUAAGCACUUCUUGGCAAACUGGAACCUGGCCAUUGUAUUUUUGUUUGGGAUCAUUGUCUAGCUGUAGAAUGAACUACUGGCCAUUGAGUUUUGAGGCAUUUGUUUGAACUUGAGCAAAUAGGAUGUGUCUAUACACUUGAGAAUUCAUUAUGCUACUAUCAUCAGCAGUUUUAUCCACAAUGAAGAUAAGUGAGCCAGUACCUUCAGCAGCCAUACAUGCCUAACCGUUUGGCUGAUGUCUCUAAGCUUCUUAAAACCCACACUGAUCCUUAACAGCUAAUGCAGUGCUGGAGACCCGGGUUCGAUCCAGAUUUCGGGUGCUGCCUGUACGGAGUAUGUACGUUCUCCCUGUGAUCUGUGCGGGUUUUCUCCGAGAUCUUCGGUUUCCUCCCACACUCCAAAGACGUACAGGUUUGUAGGUUAAUUGGCUUGGUAAAUGUAAAACUUGUCCCUAGUGGGUGUAGGAUAGUGUUAAUGUGCGGGGAUCAUUGGUCGGCGCGGACCCGGUGGGCCGAAUGGCCUGCUUCCACGCUGUAUCUCAAAAAAAAACGUGUAUAUAUAUCUCAAAUUAUGGAGUACAGGGGCAAAUAAAUAAAUUAUGGUCUUUGUCCCAAACAUUAUGGAGGGCAUUGUAUGUUUGUAAUUAUGGAGGUCUUUCAUCUGUCAUGCUGCCUGUAUACUCAUGUUGCCAAAUGUUCAGGAGCAACUAACUGCCUGAAUGAACGCUUAGCUCUGAUUUUGUGUGAAAUGCAUCAUAAAAUAAUCCUAGUUCCAUCUAUGGCGGCUGAUGUGGCCUAUAAUAUGAAAGUGCAUUUCAAAGUAAUCAAUGUCGAUUAAAAACAGAAAAUACUGGAACCAUGUAGUAGGUCACUUUAGCAACUCUGUAAUUUGCCACAUCCUCAACAUUUAGAGACUUGUGCAGCCUUCUUGGCUUGCGUGCAACAAAAGGAAUAUGAAAGACAAGCUACUUAAGCUUGAGAACAGAGAAACUUGCAAAUUAUGCUCAGUAUUAUAUAAUCAUAGUUUGCACAAGUAAUUUAUUUUUGAAAAUUGUGGAUUUAAAAUAAAUGAAAAAUGACAUUCCACAUGCAAUAGAGAUAUUGUGGCAAGGCCCUUUCAGUAACCAGACUGCAAGUUGUUGGCAUUAGAAGCAACCACGCUUGUUUGACUCCUGUUUCUUGUGUUGCAACAGAUCAUAGCACCACCUACUUCCUUGAUCCUGACCAUGGCUUAUUAUAGCUAGUACUUGGAUUUUGUGAUUGAGCAAUCAGUAAAUUAUCUUAAAUUACAUUAAGCAAGGGCCCAUUUACUAUUUAUGUACAAUAAAUUAAUCUGAUCUGACUUUUUCAUGGUGUCAAAAUUAAAAAAAUCUUCAUUAACACCUUACAUUUGCUAAAGUUGCAAAUUACUACUUAAUCUCUUAGAUACAUACAAAUGUGCCAAUGGAAUGAGCAACCGACAGAGUAGGCUGUAAAGGAAUUUGGUUUUCUUGCUUUAUCCUGUGUGGAAAUCUAAUUGACUCAAUCUUACAUACAUAAUUUAGCUGAAAUAAUUUCUUCAGGUUUUGAUUUGCGUGGAAAAACUUUCAAAGCACUUGUCUGCACAUAUUUUUACAAAAAUGUUUUUUUUUUUAAGUUCCAGUGUAGUUGAAGCACAUUGACUUGCUGCUACUUUUAUUGGUGAACCAAUGCAAACUUAAAAGUAUCAAGGAAACAUUUGAAUCUUCUAUACAUCUUCCCAGGAAUGCUUUUUAUUUCAAAUUACAGCCACGCGCUGUUUAAAUGCUUCCCUCUGUGUGGUCUUCAAUUUUUUAAAUAUCACCAGAACAAUGAGUUUUAAACAAGUAAAAUGUUGAAUUUCCUUCACACUAUAAACUACCUUUUCCAUCACCUAACAGACUUGUUCCAUAUUAAUCCAUCACUUUAAUAAAAAAAAUCUUCCAACAUUUAUAUGUAUCACUGUGGUAAAUGUGUGAGCACUGAAAUAUGGAGGAUAUUACCCAAGAUUUUUAGUGCACGUAGAAGUGGGAGUUGAACUGAAUAUAUAAUUACGCACUGUGGAUCGGUGCUUCUUUGUAAAUAAGUGCAGGAAUUUCCUUUCUUUUUUUGAGUAGUUUAUGCUGUGAGGGGAACAAAAAAAAACUAUGUGAAUUGCAACAUAUAAAAAUUACGCUGUUGUAUUGCAUUUUUGCAGAUUAUAUUUUUGAGUAAUUGAAACCUGUAUAUGUUAUCAUUUAUACAUUCAAAGUAACUAGUAAACCUAGAAAAAUAGCAAGUUUCAUCAGGGUUGUAUUUGAUUCUGAAAUCAGUAUGUGGGCAAGUGCAUUAUUGCAUAAUAAAGGAAAUGUAUUAAACAA